AUAUUUGGACCCUUUUAAACGAAGUUAAGUUAAUGUCUCUUUAUUUCAAUUAAAAAAAAAUUAAAGUUUAUGGAUUAUUCCGGUUUUAACGGUAUGUGUUAGAAAGAUAACAUUAUUUUAAAUAAGUGUGAUAUUUUUUAUUGUUUUCUGUAUAAUUGCGACCAGUAGCGAGGAAAAUGUGUUUUCAACUUUGAGACUCUUGCUGCAGUACAAGAUAUGGGACUUAAAAAAAUAUAAUGUUAAUUGUAUUUUUUAGGCUAGUCACACACGGGUAGGCCGCUUUGGACUCGUAGGUUUUAUUCAGCUUUUUAAGUUAACUUGUUUGCCUCAUUUUGGAACUUUUUUUUUAUUAUGAAGGUUUCGCUCCUCUAGAGCUUUCUUUAGACAAUAGCUUAGGCAGUAUAUUAUCAGUAGCUGCUUGUAAAGCAGUGGUUCUGGAUUCAGAUCUCCUCAAAGGCAUUUAAUUGUGUAAUUAUUAAUAAGAAUACUUGUUACUGAAUUAUGCAUGUUUGUGUUUUAUUUAGGUAGGUUAGUGACAUUUUGACUGUAAGAAUAAUUUGUCAAACCGACAGUUUAAAAUCAAAAACAAUUCAAAUGGUUUCCAAGAACUGCAUAAAGCAUUUCGUCCCCCCGCACUGCACUCAUGUGGAAACAUUGUCGGGGGUGCCUUUCGGAGGUUGCAUGGUCCUCCUGAAAAUUUCUGAAAAUUUCAAAACCACGCCUCUUUUCCAGCUCCAUCUGUGAUUGGUGGGUCACUGUCUACGUACGUAGGCGCUAGGCCAAUGGCGGCGGGGGCUACGCGCAGCCGUCCUGCUACGGCGUAGAGGCGCGCGGGGCGCUACGCCAUCGACAGACGCUGCGUAGCUGCGAAUACCGGGAACUGGAAGCUAUGUGUUAGGUGCACUUUGAUGUGGGACAUCGGGCGUCCACCAUGCAGGGGCUGCAGGCCGCGAAAGAGAAGGCCUCAGGCCUCUUCGCCAACAAACCCCUUCUGUUCAAGAACAGCCAAUAUGAAAACUUUCAUGUGGACCAGAAGGGCUACGAUCAGAUGUACGACGGGGAGGACCUGGAAACACCACCUUCACCCGAUCGGCCCCCGCCACGACAUAUAGAUAAGUACAUCAAAGCGGAGUUACCAUGCCUGAGCGCGCGUUACACGGUGGCGCUGCUCGCCUGCUUCGGCUUCAGCAUCAUGUUCGGCAUGCGCUGCAACAUGAGCAUGGCCAAGCUCAAGAUGACGGAGAAGCAUAACACAUCAAGUGGCAUCAAAGAAGACACACCAUUCAACUGGACGGUAGAAGUAGAAGCCUCCAUCGAUUCCUCCUACUUCUUCGGCUACUUCAUCACGCAGCUGCCGGGUGGUUUCCUGGCGUCCAUGUAUCCGGCCAACAGGAUCUUUGGGGCGGCCAUUGUGGCGUCCGCCAUCUUUAACAUGGCUAUCCCUGGUGCCAUGGCUGUGGGGCCAACUGCAGUCGUGCUAUUGAAGGUCGCGCAGGGAUUUGUUGAGGGUGUGACGUAUCCUUCAUGCCACGGUAUCUGGCGCAUGUGGGCGCCUCCGCUGGAGCGCUCGCGGCUGGCUACGUUGGCCUUCUGCGGGACAUAUGCGGGCAUCGUCAUUGGCAUGCCUCUUUCUGGGAUGCUGUCGGAUUACAUCGGGUGGCAGGCGCCGUUCUACUUCUACGGAGUAUUCGGUCUUAUAUGGUACUGUAUGUGGCUGUGGCUGGUGUUCGAGCGGCCGAGCAAGCACCCGCACAUCGCCGGCAAGGAGAUGGCCUACAUCGAGCAGUCUCUCGGCACCGCCUCGCAGGCCCCCAUGCCCAGCUUUUGGGGCACGCCGUGGAAGGCCUUUUUUACGUCACCCCCAGUAUACGCCAUUAUUGUAGCGAAUUUUUGCAGAACAUGGAAUUUCUGUUUGCUAGUUAUAUUCCAGUCUGCAUAUUUUAAUUCAAGAUUUCAAAUGCAAAUCACAGAGUCUGGCUUCGUGGGCGCGAUUCCCCACCUGAUUAUGACAUCGCUGGUGCCCAUCGGCGGCAUGUUGGCCGACUACCUGCGCAAGAGUGGCACGAUGACUACCACCAACGUGCGCAAACUGUUCAACUGCGGAGGGUUCGGGCUGGAGGCGUUUUUCUUUGUUCUUGUUGCCUAUGCCGAUAACAAGUACGUGGCGACUAUAGAACUAACGCUGGGCGUGGCAUGCAGCGGUUUCGCCAUCUCCGGCUACAAUGUGAACCAUCUGGACAUCGCGCCUCGAUACGCCUCUAUCCUCAUGGGCCUGUCCAACGGCAUCGGUACCAUAGCCGGCUUUGUGGUGCCUAUCGUCAUCAACUACAUAACGCAGGAGAAGGAUAAACUCGAAAAAGCAAUAACAGAGUGGCGCGAGGUGUUCUUAAUGGGCGCGACGGUGCACUUCAUCGGCAUUACCAUCUACGGCAUCUUCGCGUCGGGAGAGCUGCAGUCGUGGGCUGAGCCCCCGCCUUCUUACGAGUCGCCUAUCAAGGCUAAGGACCAUGAGACCACCUUCAUGGGCGACCCAUCAGCGCCACUAAAGAGCAGCUCACCACCGGCGUACGGUGCGGUGGCGCCGCCGCGGCCGCCCGCGCCCGGUGCCGCGCCGGCCCCGCAGGCCCACGUUCCGAACAACCCCUUCGUGUCCGGCGCCUUCUACCAGGCGGAGCCCGUGCAGCCCCCGGCCCAACAGUACCCCGAGCUCACGGAUGACGGCACUUACUAGAUUAUAGCUCAAUGCGGUACUAGACUUGAGGUUUGAUUUUCAGUUCUAUAAGAUUCAGAAAAAUGUUUUGGUAGAGGAUCUCAUACAGUGGGGUAUCGUCAUACAAUGAUAUGAAAGGUAUAAUGCAAAAAUCAAAACUUUGGCUUAAUCUAUAUUCAAACAAAUGUAAAUCUUGCUUCUUGUCUAGUAUUAUAUUGAGGUUUAUGAUUUUCUAUCACUGAUAUUUUCAAAGAUUUUGUGCUCACUAUAGUAUUUUCCAACUAGUUGACCACUCGAUGUGAGCGCCGCCCCUUGCUCGGGUGGUGAACUAGUCCUAAUCGAGUAGAUAGGUGCAAUUACAUGUGCUGUUAUCUCGCCAUGGUUAGCUUGUACUACGUCAUAUCGUUAUAGAAAUUAAUAGUACCUGUUCAGAUCUUCAUUAUUUUUUUAUACACACAGACAUUGUGCUACAUCGUAUUCAUAUUAAAACCCGUUCAGGUUGAAGUCUAUAUUAUGUUGCUCGGUUUAAACCGUGCUGAUUUUCUUCAUAGCUUAAAAAAGUUUGUAUUGUUAUAUUUAUUGACAUAUCAUCAAGUAAUAAAAUAUACCUUAGGGUCGUUUUUUAUUCAUUUUCUUUUAAGGUGUGUGACCAUUUUGAGCAGCCUCGUCCAAGGCAUUAUAUUGUGCGAUUACUCUGUUUUGUUAUUACCAACCAAGCACAUAUUAUACCAAGUUGACAAUUGUCAUCUGACACUGACAAUCCAAUGGUAUCUAGCGACCAUUGGUUUGUUUUUGCUCAUAAAUAAACAACAAACUGUCAUUGUCAGGUUAUAAUUGUCGAAAUAGUGAAACAUGCCAUUUUCUCGAUAUUUAUUUUAGUCACUCGUUGCGACAAUGCCGAGCCUCAGCAAAUGUGAACACACGUUACUGAUUGUUAAAUGCAUGAGUCCCAUAGAUAUGUAUACAUUGCUCUCUUGUUGCUAAUUGUUGUAAAAUGUUUAUAUCUUUAAAAAUAAGUAUGUAAUUUAAUUGUUCAAAUUUAGAUUUACCUGUACCUAUUUAAAUAUAAAACAAUAUUAUAGACGUAGAAAUAUAUUAUGUACUUACUAGAGAAUGUUAACUACAGAGGGAAGUAAUGCAAUCAUUGUUUAAUAAUUACAUGUGUAUUGUUUGCAAGCUUUGUGUUGAAAUUAUUUUGUUAUAUUACUCACUAAGUUUAAAAGACGUUACAAAAAAUACAACGCCUAAAUACAUUUUUUAUUUUGAGCUUUGUGAUUGCUUGUAAUAUAAGUCAUUUAGAAGGAUCAUUAGGUGAAUUAUCCAAUGUACGUAUAAUAAUAUCAGUAGUAUCUGUGCUGAGGACUUUGUUAUCACAAUGCUUUGAAAUUGUAUAUAUGUAGCAAGUUUCCAUUAAUAUAUAUUAUGGAUUUGAAAUCUAAAACACAUUUCCCCGUCUUCCUAGCGUAACUCGAUCUAUAUGUAGGUAAUAAGAUUAAAGAAAAUAUUUAAUCUGGGGUAAAUAAGUUUAAAGAAAUUAAAGUAAAUUUGUGUUUUAAAAUAAGUAUACCAAAGGGGUUAAUAAUGUGAAAAAUUAGUGUGAAUUUGUUAUUUUUUGUUAUUAUUGUAGUCAAGUUUAGUCAAUUGAAACACUCCAUUGAGUUUCCACUAUUCGAGAGUCGUUCGUGAAUCGAAAAGUUGUAUUAGUUAUAUGUAAUUCAGUUUCAGUAAUUCAACCACAUAGUCAAUAUUGUGAUAAUAGAUCGUUAAGAAGAAAAUAUUGAUCAUACUAAUAAAAUAACUCUACGCAAAUAAUA